AUGGUUUUACUGGCGCUCCGCAACAGAAGAUGUCUUCACGGCUGCUGUGUGGGGACGCUGUGUGCGCAGCUGGUGCUGUGGAUUUUAUGCUCCGUGAACGGAGAGGAGCAGCCGUUCAGCGUGGAGGCAUGGCUCCAGAGGUACGGCUACCUCCCUGCUGCAGACCCCAGAAUGUCAGUGCUGCGUUCUGCCCGAGUCAUGCAGUCGGCUAUCGCUGCCAUGCAGCGCCGCUACGGCCUCAAUGUCACAGGGACUCUGGACAGCAACACUAUAGAGUGGAUGAAGAAGCCCAGAUGUGGGGUUCCUGACCAGAUAGGGGGAGCGUCCAAAUUCAGUGUCAGGAAACGGCGGUACGCCCUCACAGGACAGAAGUGGCAGCACAAACAUAUCACGUACAGUAUAAAGAACGUGACGCCCAAGGUGGGCGCUGAUGAGACCCACGAUGCCAUUCGGCGAGCCUUUGACGUGUGGCAAAAUGUGACGCCGUUGCGCUUCGAAGCUGUGCCCUACAGUGAGCUGGAGAGGACCAAGAAAGACGUGGACAUCACCAUCAUCUUCGCUUCAGGUUUCCACGGCGACAGCUCACCCUUUGACGGCGAGGGUGGCUUCCUGGCUCACGCCUACUUCCCAGGGCCGGGAAUAGGAGGCGACACACACUUUGACUCAGAUGAGCCGUGGACGCUGGGAAACCCCAACCAUGACGGUAACGAUUUGUUCCUGGUAGCGGUCCAUGAGCUCGGCCAUGCUCUGGGCCUCGAACACUCCAACGAUCCCACGGCCAUCAUGGCUCCUUUCUACCAGUACAUGGACACUGACAACUUUAAACUGCCCGUGGACGACCUUCUGGGCAUCCAGAAGAUUUAUGGGCCUCCCGAUAAGAUUCCCCAGCCCACCAAGCCUUUGCCGACGGCACCCCCUCCCCGCUCCCAUCCUCCUUCAGACCCCCGUAAGCCAGACAGGCAGACGCGACCUCCGAGGCUGCCCCCAGGGGACAGACCGUCCCACCCCAACGCUAAACCCGACAUCUGUGAUGGAGGCUUCAACACCCUGGCCAUACUGAGGAGAGAGAUGUUCGUCUUCAAGGACCACUGGUUUUGGCGGGUUAGGGAUAAUUCAGUAAUGCCGGGAUACCCGAUGCUCAUCAGUGUUUUCUGGAGGGGCCUGCCGCCCAGGAUAGACGCCGUCUACGAGAACAGCGAGGGCAAGUUUGUCUUCUUCAAAGGAAAGCAGUUCUGGGUGUUUAAGGACACCGUGUUGCAGUCUGGAUACCCCAAGGACAUCACCCAGUUCGGCCACGGCAUGCCGGCCCAGAGCAUCGAGACUGCUGUGUGGUGGGAGGACGUGGCCAAGACCUACUUCUUUAAAGGGGACAGGUACUGGCGCUACAAUGAGGAAAUGAGAACCAUGGACCCAGGCUAUCCUAAAGCCAUCACGGUGUGGAGAGGUGUGCCUGACUCGCCACAGGGGGCCUUCGUCGACAAAACCAAUGGUUUCACCUACUUCUACAAGGGGAAGGAGUACUGGAAGUUCAACAACCAGUUUCUCCGGGUGGAGCCGGGCUACCCGCGCUCCAUCCUCAAGGACUUCAUGGGCUGCGAGCUGGCGCCCGUUGACCCCGCCCGCCCGCCAACCGACGACGGCGACUCGGACGUGGUGAUCGAGCUGGACAACGAGGCCAACACGGUGAAGGCCAUCGCCAUCGUCAUCCCCUGCGUGCUCGCGCUGUGCCUGCUGGUGCUGGUCUACACUGUGGUGCAGUUCAAGAGGAAGGGUACGCCACGCCACAUACUGUACUGCAAACGCUCCAUGCAGGAGUGGGUCUGAAACGUCGCAGAGAGUUGGGCGAGGGUGGGAGGAGAGACUGGUGAAAAAGGAUGACAGCCCCCACUUUCAUAGAGAGGACAGUGGACUUUGGACAUCUUUAGAAUAACACACAGCCACGCCUCCUCCGUUUGGGUGAUCUGAUACCUUCGUUCAGACCCGCAGAAACAGCAAGAGCACCUGUCAGUGGACCCUCGUUCAAAAGGCGACCCCCGGACUCAAAGUUGACUCCGCUAACCCCCGGCCUUUUUAACAAACGGGGGGGGGGGCCAAAGUGACAGUUUGUGGGGGAUCUUUGCCUGAAAUGACAUUCAGUCCCAGUCAAAACAAAAAAAAAAACAAAACAAAACAAAAAAACGGGGGUCGGCAUCACUUUAUAUCUCAGACAUUUGACUUCCUGUCCCCUUCAUCUUCUCUAGCUCUGCGCGACCGCUCUUAAUCAGAGGGAGGCUCUCUUCCCACAGGGCACUGCAUUUCAUCUGUCAUAUCAGGUUGUUGAUUAAACAACAGUUUUAUAUUUUCUGAUCUUGGUGCCCCCCUGCUUCACUCUGCUCUCAAAAGAUUCACAGUCCCAGAUAAACACAUUACUAAUCUUCAAUCCCCAUUCUGUUUGUUUUUUCCUUUUUUUAAAAAUGUCUAAUUUUUUUAUUUGAUUCUUUUGAGAAAGGAGGUCCUCACUGUUCCCUUUAACACGCUUCUGAAGAAGAGACCAAACUAAACCAAAUAAAAUCUAUUUCUCUCCAAAGAGGAUCACAUCAUUUUCUUUUUCUUUUUUUUUGUUCUCAUUUCAGUUCAUCCUUCCUUCUCUUCUCUGGAUCCUUGCGGCCAUUAAGAGUCGGGGAGCUCUGACUGUUGUGGCAGUCUGUUCGAGACACAGGGGCCAAAUUAUUCUGCAAUAUUUUAACUCGCCUUAAUUAUAGAUCAUACUACUUGUGCUUGAUUUUUUUGGUUUUGUUUUCUUUUUUUGGUAUACCGCUGUUUGUCUGUAACAGAAGCUAAUUGAAAGCUUCUUGUGAUUGGUAUUUCUGGAUUUUAUUAUUUUAUUAUCUCAGCACUGGCUUGCUGAGCUGCUCUGGACAGAAUACACAGUAGGGUCAGCCUGUACUGAGAGUAAUGUGUUGAAUCCUAAGAAGAUGUUGGAAGGGUCUGGAGUAAAGCCACUUUUUUGUGUGUUAAGAUAUUUGUAGCUUGUAUUAUUUCCAUAGGACACAGGCUCAUGAAGAGCUUGAUAGUCUUGUUAUUGGAUUUGCUGAUGUGAUUUUUUAUUUUUAUUUUUUUUUUAAAUUUCCUUUUUUGUACUUGGCCCAUUGUCCCCUCAGUUUGAAGACACGUGCAUCCAAAAUGGUCAUUGAAUAUGGUUAUAUGUGAAUGGACAGACCGCUUUUUUUUAAAGAAAUCCUGUUGACUGCCUUGUUUGAGAGAGCUCACAGUUCCCAGAAUGCUCUUGUCUCCUGACUGAUGACCCCAAAGUGAGACACCAAGUCAAGAUCAGUGCCUGUGUCAACGUGCAUGCAAGCAUUUACUGUACAACCGGUUCUGCUCAACGUGGCUUUGGAAGCCCUCGAAAGCUGGGGAGGAAGUUUUCUCUUUUCUGAAUACCGUUUGCUUUUAUUUUUGUACAUUUUAAGCGUACCCCAACCCCUCCUUUGCUCCCCCUUACCUCCAGGUACAGUUAACUCUAAGAAAAACAAAGGGUUCAGGUGGUACAUCUUUGGGAGAUCAGAUGGGUGAUUGGCAAAUGAAAUUGGCCUCAAAAACACCAACCAAGCGUCAGUAGUGUCCUCACUGUCCUGGCGAGCAGUCUUUGAAUGUGUGUCUGUUUUCAUGAUCAAAUACUGGUUUCUCUGUCUUUCCUGUUUUCUGCUUAACUGAAAUUGGACAUCUCACAGUGACUUCUUUGUGUAAGACUUUGGGACAAUGGAGAAACGUGUCCUGACAGAAUGAAUAAAUUGAUCAAUAU